AUGAGGAGACCAACCCUUCAUGGUAACAAGUUUGUCUCAGCAGAGUGCAUACUACAAGCAGCUCUGGAAGAUGGACCCAUAGGGUUCAUGCUGUUGGAGGAGCCACCAUCAUCACUCCUGGCCUUUGGUUUUGUACCUACAGGCACAGACAAAGGAGUAGAGAUGGAGGUGGAGGUGGAAGCAGACAAGCUGCCCCAUCAUACCAAGCAUGAUCUCCACCUUGAGUUGAUAGAAGGAGGUAAGCCACCUCAAGGGCCCCUAUACCUCAAGGGACCCAAGGAGAUGUCCAAGUUGAGGAGGUACUUGGAUGAGAACCUCGAGAAGGGGUUCAUAAGACCAUCGAAGAGCCCGGCACAAUCACCAGUGCUCUUCGUACCAAAGAAGGAUGGAGGUCUCAGACUCUGUGUGGACUACAGAGGUCUCAAUGAGAUCACUGUCAAGAACAGGGCACCAUUGCCCCUCAUCGAGGAGCAGCUGUUCUUACUCAGGAAGGCAAGGAUCUAUACCAAGCUAGACCUUAGAGCAGCAUACAACCUCAUCCGGAUUGCUAAAGGAGAUGAAUGGAAGACAGCUUUUGGCACUCAGUUGGGACUCUAUGAGUACCUAGUGAUGCCCUUUGGCCUAGCCAAUGCUCUGGCUCACUUCCAGUCAUUCAUCAAUGUCAUCUUCCGAGACAUCAUUGGAGUAUAUGUAGUGGUAUACCUAGAUGACUUCCUGAUCUUCAGUGACACUGAGGAGGUACAUGUGAAGCAUGUCACUGAGGUCCUCAUUCGCUUAAGGAGCAACAGGCUCUUUGCUAAGCUGUCGAAGUGCGAGUUCCACACCAAGACAGUUGAGUUCCUGGGGUACAUCAUCAAGCCAAUGGGCAUAGAGAUGGACCCAGAAAAGGUGCACACUGUCAAGGAGUGGCCAAUGCCAGAGUCAAUCCAUGACAUCCAAAGGUUCCUGGGUUUUGCCAACUUCUAUCAAAGGUUCAUAGCCCACUUUGCUUGCAUAGCCAAGCCAUUGACAUCACUGGUAAAGCCUAUAGAAUGGUUCAAGAAGUUCGAGCUACCAGAGGAGGCCCAACAGGCCUUCCACAAGCUCAUCCAGGCCUUCACAUCAGCAGGAGUGCUUCAGCACUUUGACUACCACCUUCCAACAAGGUUGGAAACUGAUGCAAGUGACUUUGCUAUAGCAGGAGUACUCAAGCAGGAGCAUGAAGGACGAUGGCAUCCAGUGGCCUUCUACUCUAGGAAGAUGUCUUCUGCCGAGAAGAACUAUGAAAUCCAUGACAAGGAGCUCCUAGCUGUGGUCGCCUGCCUUACUCAGUGGCAACACAUGCUAGCUGGACUACCAAGCCAACUGGUCAUCCUCACUGACCAUGAAGCCCUCAAGUACUUCAAGUCACAGAGAUGCAUCACAGGUCGACAGGCUCAAUGGGCAAUACUACUAGCAGACUUCGACUUCAUAUUGCAGUAUCGACCAGGAGACAAAGGUGGUGAACCCAAUGCUCUCACCAGAAGGACAGACAUGCAACCAGCUGGUGAAGAGCAGGAUCACAAUGUGAGGCAACUACUGCCUCCUCGAGUGUUCAAGGAGACAGCAGACCAUGACUCGACCCUAGUGGCCCCUAUGCUCUCAAUGGAGUCCAUAGCAUCAAAAGGUCUCAAAGACCUGGUCAAGAUCUUCCAGCCCUUAGACCAAGAGCUACAGGAGAUACAUAGGAAGAAGCCCUUCGAGCUCAAGGACGACCUAUGGUACAGUGGAGGAAGGUUGGUUAUCCCCAAAGUAAUCAUGCCAGGGAGGACCAACAACCGACACUCAAGGAGUGCCAAAGAGGUAGAUGGACAGUCCCUCUCUGUAGAGCAUCUGUGGUUCAUGGUGAUGACCCAAUGCCAUGAUGGUAUCACUGCUGGACACGUAAGAAGAGAUGCUACCAUCAAGGCAGCUCAACAACAUUACUGGUGGCCAAACAUGACAGCUUGGAUUGCAGACUAUGUAGCAAGUUGUCCUGUAUGUGCUAGGUACAAAGCUCCUUGUCAUCGUCCAUAUGGUUUGCUACAGCCACUAGCAACACCAGACAGGCCCUGGGGCUCCAUAUCCCUCGACUUCAUCGAAGGACUACCACCAUCGAAGAAGUAUGACUCCAAGACCUAUGACUCUAUCUUAGUCAUUGUUGACAGGUUGACCAAGUUUGCCAUACUAGCUCCAACCCAUAAGACAGUCAUGGCCAAACAGACUGCAGUGUUGCUAUACAGACACAUGGUUAGACUUUUUGGAUACCCAGAUCACAUGGUCUCGGACCGAGGCAGGCAGUUCAUAUCAGGAGCAUGGAAGGCAUUUGCAGAACAAAUGGGUGUGAAGCACUCACUUAGCAUGGCCUACCAUCCUCAAACUGAUGGUCAGACAGAGAGGGUCAAUCAGGUCAUCGAGCAGUACCUAAGGAUGUACUGCAACUAUGAGCAGAAUGACUGGGCCGACCUGCUGGACACUGCAGCCUUCAUAUACAAUAACAUGGUCCACAACAGCAUUGGUGUCUCACCAUUCUUUGCAUGCUAUGGAUGGAACCCCAAAGCUCAUCCUGACAUCCCUCAACAACUAGGAGUCAAUGAUCCAGGUCGCUUCGAGUACCUCAUGGAUGGAAAGGAGCGUUGCAAGUACCUCCAGGAGCAGAUCAGAGAGGCACAAUGUAGAUCAGUAGACCAGUAUAACAGGAAGCACAAGGACAUCGAGUUUAAGGUGGGUGAUAUGGUCUAUAUCAACCAUCGAAACUGGAAGACAAGGAGACCCACACCCAAGUUGGAUACCCAGUUUGCAGGACCCUACCCAGUUCAGGAAUGA